GAUACUUCUCAUACUCUAAAAGAAAAUAAGAAAAGAUGUUCUUCCCCAUAAAACUAAGAGUUCCUCAAGUGUACCUACUCUUAUUCUUCUUGUUAAUUGUUCAUUUUGAUGCCUUAACCUUAACACAAAAACCCGAAAAAAGUUCGGCAUUGGUUCCGGCAAUAAUAGUAUUUGGAGACUCCAUUGUUGAUCCAGGAAACAACAAUGUUAUCAACACUCUUGUCAAAUGCGACUUCCCUCCAUACGGUAUUGAUUUUGUAGACCAAAUGCCCACCGGAAGAUUUUGCGAUGGAAGAAUUCCCUCCGAUUUGAUUGCUUCAAAACUAGGAGUGAAGGAACUUUUGCCUGCUUAUCUUGAUCCCAAUCUUGAAUCCCAAGAUCUUCUCACUGGUGUAAGCUUUGCUUCCGGUGGUGCAGGAUAUGACCCUAUUACAUCAGAAACUGCGCAUGUGAUAUCUAUGGAUGAUCAAUUAGAGCUGUAUAAAGAGUACCAAGAAAAGUUAAGAGCAAUUGGAGGAGAUGCAAGAGCAGAGAACAUCAUUUCUAAAGGCUUGCAUGUAAUUUGUGUGGGGAGUGAUGAUAUUGCCAAUACUUAUUUUCCAACUCUCUUUAGAAAGCUCCAAUAUGACAUUCCAUCUUAUGCUGAUCUUGUGGUCACCUAUGCAUCACGUUUCUUUCAGGAAUUAAUCAAACUUGGAGCAAGAAAAAUAGGUAUUGUGGGGAUUCCUCCAAUUGGAUGUGUACCUUCACAGAGAACAUUGGCAGGAGGACUCUUCAGAGAAUGUGCUCCUUUUCAUAACCAACUAGCAGAGUUAGUUAACUCAAAGCUCAAUCAGGAGAUUCAAAGGCUUGGUUCAAUUUACCAAGGAACACUUUUGGUCUACAUUAACAUAUAUGACACUUUACUUGACAUCAUCCAAAAUCCAAAUAAAUAUGAUUUUGAGGUUGCAACAAAUGGUUGUUGUGGCACAGGACUGUUGGAGGUUUCUAUCUUAUGCAAUAGUGUGACUUCCUUUGUCUGUGCAAAUGUUUCUGAUCAUGUAUUCUGGGAUAGCUAUCAUCCAACAGAAAGGGCCUAUCAAAUCCUAGUUGACGUAGUUAUUGAUGAUGUACUUCCUCUCAUAAUUUCCUAAGUAUUUUUUUUUAAGUAUAUUACACCAUGUUUGUUCAUUUUUAGGUUGUAUUUUAAUUUAUUCAACUUAUAAUUUCUAAUUUUAAUCAUACCAUACUAUCAUGGUUUAGGA